UUGACAUGAAAGUCGCAAACACAACCAGUUUUGCCCAGAUGGGUUAGAAGAAGGGAGAAAAGUCAGAUUACCCAUUCCUUCAAACACAAUGACGUAAUCAGUUUUCCAUCACUUUCUCGGGAAAAUCCUCGUUUCUCAAUCCUGAACUUCUCACAUUAUGUAGAGAGUAGAUAAGGAGAUCGAAAUAUCGGAGAGAAAAGGAAAAGAAGACAUGGAUGCGGAGCAGACCUUCAUCCGAGUACAAGAGCGGUUCUCGCAGAUCCUGACGCCGAAAGUGAGAGCUGCUUUGGAGUAUAUCUACCUCUUCAUUGCCAUCACCUUGUUCUGUAUUCUCGUUGUUAUGCACGCCAAUUACGUUCAACAGCCUGGCUGUUCAAGUGAACUUUCUGGCGUUGAAACAACACAAGCGCAAAUUAUUCAAAUUAAGAUAACUAGUGCAGGGCUGUGGUCGCAGAAUGAGUCAGAAUUCACCAAUGUGGUAUAUGAUGGCACAGACACAAAAUCUGUAAUGUAUAAAUUAGAAUUUGCUAAUGUAGAUGGAGAUGGAUUGACAUUUUUUGCUGCAAAAUUUUGGUUGAAUUGGAUUGGUUCUGGUGUUAGGAGGGGUAAGUUGGCAUUGAAGACUGAUACUGAAGUUGUGGAUCAACAGACGGAUGGCUCUCCCAAUAGCCCAAACACUAUGGUAACACUUGAUGAUGCAGUUGUCAAAAAUGAAAUAAAGGAGAGGCAUAGUAGUUUUCUUUUACGUAUGAAAGAGACAGUUAAGGCAGCACUUACUUACUUUAACAAACUGUGGAAAAUGCGUUCCCGUCUCUUGUCGGUCCUUCAGAAACAUGGAACACAUGUCAUUGGAAAUUUGUGGAACAUUGCAGGGAUACAUUUAGAUCUUGAUAUUCCCAAGUGGUUGCGCAUACUUCAUUUGGACAGGCUUAACUUGUAUGCAGUGCAGUGGCUUGAGAUCAGAAGCAAAACUUUUGAACCGACUUAUUUAUACACUAUGGAAAAGGGUUAUUUCUUACUACCUGAAAGUGUCAGGUCUCAGCAUAAUAUUCGUGCUGUAAACAUUAGCAUAUCAGCUCGGCAUUCUUGUUUUGGGAACAGGUGGCAGCAGCUACUCGUUAACAGAUUUGUUGGAUAUGAUACUAUUUUAAUAAAUAGUUUAUUGAGUUCACCUGGACAAGGAUAUCUUUAUAAUUUUCAGACAAAGGAGUUUUUUAAUCUUAGUUAUGCACAAGAACCGCCACAAGGCCCUGCAAGGUUUGGAGACUACCUGGUGACAAAAUGUGGUGUGCUUAUGAUGUCUCUUUUUGUGUUCUUUACAACCACCAUGUCUGUGUCUUUCACAUUGAGAGAGACACAGACUCGCAUGCUGAAGUUCACAGUGCAGCUUCAACACCACGCUCGUCAUCAGCUUCCAACUUUCCAGUUAAUUUUUGUGCAUGUAAUUGAAUCACUUGUCUUUGUGCCGAUAAUGAUCGGUAUAUUAUUUUUUCUGUUCGAGUUUUAUGACGAUCAACUGUUGGCUUUUAUGGUCCUCAUACUUGUCUGGUUGAGUGAACUUUUCACGCUGAUCAGUGUCCGGACGCCCAUUUCUAUGAAGUUCUUUCCCCGCUUCUUUUUGAUCUACUUUCUGGUUUUCCACAUCUAUUUCUUUUCCUAUGCUUAUGGUUUUUCUUAUUUGGCUCUUUCUACGGCUGCCGCUUUUAUGCUGCAUCUCAUUCUAUACUUCUGGAACCGUUUUGAGGUACCAACUCUACAGAGGUUUAUCCAAAAUCGGCGAUUUCAGCUCCAGCAAAACCCAGAUUUCCACAUUACCUCCUCAACGUUCCUUGCCUCAACUGUACAGAUCACAAGAUUGAACACAAGAAAUCCCGGCCUUGUUAAUUCUGACUUGGCACCUGGACCUGGGCUGAGAUCUGGAUCCAAUCCAGUGGUGCCAUCAAAUGCAGCAGAAGUUCCCGGGCUUCAAGAACAGUCAGGUAAUGACAACCUAGACAGGGUAGGAAACCCUCAGGUUCCGGGCCAAGCUGACCUGAAUCAAGCAGAGAAUGGUCCCAACCCCGGCGGUAUGAAUUCAUUCAGUUCGCUUUUGUUAUGGAUCUUGGGAGGGGCGUCCUCUGAAGGCGGCCUCAAUUCCCUUAUUUCUAUGUUCAGAGAUGUGAGAGAGCAGGGACAAGUUUAUGCGGAAGCGGAACCCCCUAGGCAAGAAAAUCAAGAUGUACAUAGAUAGGACCGGAACAUUGCAUGUGUGGAGGAAGGCGAUCUCAGUUUGCCUUCCUUUUGUUGUUGUAGAUCUUCAUGGUGAAGUAGGAUAGCAAAGGUUAUGCUGGAUUGUAUAAAUGAUAUACGUGACGUCCUUUUGGUUAAUCUAAGGAAUACAAUCGAAAGCAAGAAUCGGAUUUGGAGAUGUUCGAUUUUUCUGAA